AUGAUCUUUCUUACCCUUACAACAGUGACUCUGAUGGGUUUUGCGGUAGGACCGGCUCUCGAGUCAAACAACUUACAGUUGCCACUGCAGGCCUGGUAUCCAUACGAUUGGAGUAAAUCUCCGGCCUACGAGCUGACAUACUUGCACCAGAUAUGUGCCAUUUAUGCGGCGGCCUGUCUCAACGUCAGCAAAGAUAUGGUGGUGGUAUCAUUAUUAUCACAGUGCCGUUGUAGAUUCAAACUGUUAGGAUACGAUCUCAAAACUCUUUGUCAGGAUAUGUGCCCUGGAACGAUGCAACGUAUGUCGCAAGCACAUGAUUUGAUGGUACAGGCCAGACUUAAUGAGUGUAUUCGGGAGCAUCAAGAUAUCUUAGACUCACUAAAUGAGCUACAACGCUGCUUCUCAGAACCCACAUUCGCACAGUUCACCGUCUCACUCGUCAUCAUCUGUGUUACCGCAUUUCAGCUCACUAAGCAAAUCGGUAAUUUUGUCAGAAUGGCUUCUAUGGCAACAUACCUUUUAAAUAUGAUGGAACAAAUUUUUAUAUAUUGUUAUGAAGGAAACCAACUGGCAGUAGAGAGUGAGAAUGUUUCCCGUUUGGCGUACGAGUGGCCAUGGUAUACCUGCAGCGUGCGUGUCCGUCGGUCAACGCUGAACCUAAUAACGCGCUGUUGCCGGACCGCCAAGCUCACUGCUGGGGGUUUUACUACUCUUUCUCUGGAUUCUUUCAUGAGUAUUUUAAAGGCAUCGUACACAUAUUUUACGGUAUUACGCCGUCUAAGCGAAUAAAAUAUGGACCUGAUUCGGGAAUCCCAUGUAAGUUUAACCAAGAAGCAAGAGGACAUUGUGGCAUUUCGCCUCGGUAACUGUAUAGCUGAGCACCAAGAUAACUUGGAGACGGUGAAUGAACUAGAACGAUGCUUCUCGGAGCCGACGUUCGCGCAGUUUACCGUAUCACUAGCUAUCAUAUGCGUAACCGGGUUCCAGCUUGUUUUUCAAACCGGUAAUGUGCUUCGAAUGCUUUCUAUGACCUUUUAUCUACUAAAUAUGGUGGACCAAGUAUACCUUUACUGUCGCGAAGGAAACAAGCUUACUAUUGAGAGUGAAAACGUGUCACGUUCCGCGUACGAGUGGCCAUGGUAUACGUGUAGCGUGCCCGUGCGUAGGUCCGCGUUGAUCCUCAUGACGCGCUGUUGCCGGACCGCCAAGCUAACAGCUGGGGGAUUUACAACUCUUUCUCUUGCUACUUUUGUGAGCAUUUGCAAAGCAUCGUAUUCUUUCUUCACUGUCCUCAAACAAGUUGAACAAGACACAUAA